AUGUACAUUUCCACGACAUCAAUUAACCACCAUACCACCGAAAUGACGCAGAUACCUAGCCUCAACAUCCCCAGGUCUUCCCAGAGUGUCAAUGUCCACGUAAUAGACACGACGGUGAAGAUCGAUGGCCCCGCCGAUUUCUUCCUCAAGCCGAGGGUGGGAAACCUGGAUCGACUAGUUGCCAAUGCAUUCACCUUUUUGAUCGAGCAUCCCGUUACCAAACAGAAAGUCGCUUUCGACCUCGGGGUCCGGAAGGACGCCAACGAACUCUCGAGUCCAUUCUGGAAGGGCUUCCGGGAGAAUUUUGUAAUUGAUGUCGAAAAGGACGUCGCAGACAUAUUGCAGGACAACAAUGUAGACCUCACCUCGAUUGACGCUAUAAUUUGGAGCCAUUGCCACGCGGACCACACAGGGGACCCAUCGACCUUCCCCCCGUGCGUCGACUUGGUUUUUGGCCCUGGGGCGCCGGCUGCCCGACUCCCAGGAUACCCUACAAACCAAAAGAGCUCGUUAUUUGAGACCGACUACCAUGGUCGGAAACUGGUUGAAAUUACACAGGACAGAUUCAAUCUACAACUUGGUGAAUUCCGUGCAUUUGAUUAUUUUGGCGACGGCUCUUUCUACCUGCUUGACGUCCCUGGCCACGAUAUCGGCCACGUUUGUGGCCUCGCUAGGACGACAGCCAACGGCACGCAAACCUCCGACGACGACAGCUUUGUACUUAUGGGUGCCGACACCUGCCACCAUACAGGUCAAUUGCGUCCAUCCGAGUUCCUGACACUGCCAUCGGAGAUCAAGCCACACCCGAAUGACUCGGAUGUUAUACCGGCACCAUUUGCCAGUACCCGCUUGGAGGAGAUACACCCAAAGGGACGGAUGUAUCACUGUUGUCCGUUUUACGAGGUCGGCGUCCUAGAUAACGGAUUCAGCAUGUCAGAGUCGCCCGAAGAAACUGGACAGAGCAUCACAAAGAUGAUGCCAUUCGAUGCGGCACCUAAUGUGCUACUGGUGCUUGCACACGAUGUGACUCUACAAGACACCGUUAGUCUUUUCCCAGCCAAGGUUAAUGGAUGGGAAGACACGUCGUUGAAGGAUGAAACCAGAUGGCGGUUCUUGCGAGAUUGGGCCACGGCUUUAGAGUGA